AUGCUUAUGAAAAACCGGGAACUGGAAGAACUCCAGGCCAAGAUUCGCGCCGCCGAAGAACGCCUCAAGGCGCAGCAGGCCAAUACCCCCAGCGGCUCGGGAAGCCGUGUGCAAACCGAAGGCGGCUAUCAAUCCACAUCCUCGACGACAUCCCCAACGGACUCGGCAGGCCAGUACUCCAGCGGCGAUGAACUGCGUGAGCAGGCCCAGCAACAGCGCAUCUUCCGGUGGGAAGAUGUCGGGCAGGUCUUUCCAGAUCUGCUCCGUUUUGCAUCUGGCAUCCGUAGCUGGUAUGGGGCCACACCAAGUCAGCUUCACUGUGGAUAUGUCCCGCCCACUGUAUUCUGGCUUCGAACGGUUGCAUUUUUAUACUUUGGGACCUAA